AUGGCGAUGUGCCUCGAUCCGCCAGUUGAGUCGACGCCGAAUGCCGCGGGGCUUGCCCUGCCCACACCGUGUCGCGAGCCACAGCACUUGGUGAGCGUCAGGGUGCUCCCGGUGCUUCGCGCUACCACGGCUGGGUCGUCUCGCGCCGCGAAGGCUGCGCUGGCCCGCGCGUUCCGGGCGCUCGGCGUCGAUCCCGCUGACAUGGCUCCCGCUGCGUCGAGUUCUGGUGGCGGCCUCUCCGGCCAGGCUUCUGCUGCGUCUUCGCCUGCUCGGUCGUCGUCUUCUGCUCGCGCUGGGUCGACGGCUGCCGGUACUCCGCGUCCAGGCGAUGCCGCACAGUCGGCUGGUGGCGUGCCUCCGCAGCCACUUAUCGAGGCUAUGCGUGGCCACGAGUCUUCGGGAACCCCGGCAACAUCUCGCCCUGGGUCUCCUGGUUCUUCUCAGCCUGCUCCCGACAACUCGCGCGGUCGUGGUCAAGUUAUGCGUCGCGACGCCCUUGAGCAGCUGGUCCGUGGUGCAUGUGAUGAGUCGUCGGAGCGCAUCUUGGCGGUGCUGAGCUCGAAGCUGGAGUCUCUCGGCCGUCUCUCGGUGAACCUGCAGCUGGGACCGAGCAUCCGUGGUGAUCGCCGCGUGGGUUCUUGCCUGGCGUCGGCCCGGAACCUCGAUGAAGUGGUUACUGCUGCGGAGUCGAACAUGGAUGUUGGCGAAGGCUCGACGCUGGACAUGGCAACUAUGCGCGCCCGGCUGCACUCUGCUGAGUCAGCGCAGGCUGCUGCAGAGAAUCGGUUGCGGUCGCAGACGUACUCUUUGGAGAACCAGAAGGUAUUCUUGAAGAACGCGAACGACGAGAUCGCACAGCUGAAGAAGGAUGUCGCGCAUCUUCGUCUGCUGGAGGCUCAUUACAUCGUCGAGCUCGAGUCGUCGAACACCGCCGUGGAUGGCCUCAGAGAGUGUAACGAGCGGCAGGAGAAUCGUGUCAGGGUGGCCGAAGACUCGCAAGCUCGGGCUCUAGCUCAGUUGAAACGUGAGCAGGAGGUCUACAAGGCGGCCGUUGCUUCUUCGACUGCUCAAAGCAGGUGCUUGCACGAUCUGCUGACUCGCUCGGACGCCGCCGACGACACCGCACCAGCUCGCCUUCGCCGCCGCAAUGAGGACCUCGAAGAGCAAGUGAAGCGGCUGACCCGUGCCAACAAGACGCUUCGCGCUCACGUGCAGCUGGAAGAUAUGGACCCCGACGUCCUGGUAUCUCGCUCGACUGGUGAACUCAAUUGGAGCUUGCUGGAUCUUACUUCCGAGUCUCUCGCGAUUUUGCAGAAGCAGUACCGUACAGCAGACCGCUCCAAGCCGGACAGAGAUAUCGCCGAAGACUUGGCUCGGACUGCCUUCUCACUGAAUGACUCCAUCGGGGAUCCCUUGCGCAAGGACGCUCCCGCUGGUGUAAACAAGACCACUCCGGGGACGUCUGCCACUGCAGUCAAGAAAUCUCGCGCGUCGCGUCGGUCAUCGUCUUCUCCACGGCUCUCGUCUCGCAAGAGGUCUCGCGAAGACUCGGGCUACGUCAGUGCUGCUGCUUCCCCAGCUCGGCCGAGUCGCUCAGGGUCGAAGGCUCGCAAGACUUCUGCCGAGUCAUCGGCUGGGUCAUCGGCGUCAUCGUCUCCCGUGAGGAAGUCGUCGGAGAAGCCCAAGAAGUUGCCCAAGAAGCGGAAGGAGUCUCGCUGGGCACGAAGUCGUUCUGCGUCGGUGCCUCGCGGCUCUCCGGUCUACGCGCGCUUCAUUGGUUCCAGUGUCUCUCCGCCCACGAGUCCUGCUCCAGUCGCGAAGGCUACUGCGCCCUCUGUUCCUGGUUCUGCGCCCCCUGUUGCUUCUGCGGAAACUCCUGUCCAAGCUGAGGUCCCAGUCUCUGGUUCCGGUGAUGAUCCACAAGUUGGUGGCUUGAGUCAUCGGGCUGAUCGCGGAGGGACGGACGAGCAGUUAGCUUCAGUCGAGCAGUCUCCGGAGGUGCCUCAGUGGUUCGGAGAUGACUCGGAUGCUGGAUUGACGGAGGGUCUGGUUGACGACUCAGUGGUUGAUGGCGGUGCUGCUUCUGCUGAUGAAGAGGAACUCGACGAGUGGGAGGGAGAGCGCGUUGAGGUGGUUGCUGUAGUUCCAGCUUCGUCACCUCCGGUUGCUGACGGUCUGUCGUCAUCGGCUUCCACUAAUCUCUCGUCACCUGCGCCAGCUCUGCCUACUGCCAGCGCUGAGUCAUCGGCUUCUCUUCCGCUUGAUCCUGCAGCUUCUGCUGAGUCGGCGGACACCUCGGUCGCUGUCUCAUCGGCUCACCGGCCUGCAAAUGCGGCAUCUCAGAAGGUUCCGACGACUCGUGCCCGAGCCCGAGAUGUGCUGCCCACUGCUCGUUACUCCAAACACGUGUUGAACUGGGCUACUCCAUACUUGGCUCCUGAAUUCCGGUUUCCUGGCGCUUCUAAGUGCUGGAUCCAGAUUUUGAAUUGCGAGUUGCCGACUCCUAUUCCCGGGGAUGCUCGGAUUGCUGCCACGGCUGCUGGUAUCAAGGCGUUCAAAGACUUCAAGAACCCGGACCACCCUUGGCAGCAGCUUCGCCGGCGUCUCCCGGAGCACGCAUAUUUGUUCGACACCCACGGAUUUGAUCCUUCUGUCAAGGUCUCCCAGCGAGCGCCCCCGACGACUCGAGUUAACGGGUAUUGGAGCAACUUUCGAGGGUACGGGGAUCCUGACGAUAUUGAUCUUGGGUUCUCGGAUUGGGAGCGUUACCACUGGAUUCCGGCUCCCGCCGUGGAGAAUUGCUUCCGGAUCGCUACCAAGGAGCUGGAAGGGAAUAAUUGGUCCCCUGAGGCGAAGGCCAAAGUUCGAGCUGAGCUGGACGAGGCCAAGGCUGAGUGGUUGGCGUAUGCUGCCGAGCGGAACAAGCGCUGGGAUCGGUUCCGAGCCAAGAUCAUCUACCAGUUCUGGAGGUGGUUUGUCAGCAAGGAACCGAAGUUCGCUGCUCUCCACACCAAGUCUUUGUUUGAGCCUUCUAUGCUGGGUUGCCCUUUCGACAACCUCACGUGGCUGCCCAAGACGACCGACUGGGUCAGCGAGAUUUCGGCGUUGGACGCGGCUGAGCCGUGGCGUAAUGGCUGGGUGGAUGUUCCUGCCCAGCAUCCGUACAACACGACGUUCUUCCCCUGCAAUCCAAGGUUUCCGCUGUUCGUCCCUGCAAACACCACGCGCGAGGAAGUCGGGCGCCAGAUCGUCGUUUGUCCCGACCUCACGCCAAACGAGAUCGCGGCUGAUUGGGAUGCUGGUUUCCGUGAACCUGCCCAAGCUUCCGACGAGUCUUCGGGUCCUGAGCCAAGCGAGCCUCCGGCGUCUGCAGCUACUCCUCACGUGGCUCGCGACAACUCGGACCACCUCCAGGUGCUGGCGCAGGCUGCAGCUUCUGCUGAGUUGCAGGGUGACGCUCGCGAGGAUAGUGACGACUAG